AUGCACUUUGACGAGCGUCCGUCUUGUUUUCGUAAUUUAGCUCAUGAAAUACUUUACGUGAGUGUACUUUCUUGUGCUCAAUUACUUACACAAGCAGCAUUGGGAAAUAUACUCGUUCCACUUGCUAUAAUUGGUCCGGCUAUUGGUAUCGAAGAUACCCCCAAAUUACCGUGGACGUUAGCUGCCUACUCUUUAACUGUUGGCAUUUUCAUAAUGGUGACAGGACGUUUGGGAGAUGUUUUCGGACAUCGAUUACUCCUAAUAGCGGGAUAUUUGAUAUUCUCUAUUUUUAGUCUUUUGGUUGGAAUGUCUGCUUAUGUAAAGAAUGGUAUCUAUUUUGAUAUGAUGCGAGCAUUUCAAGGAAUAGGCCCAGCUGCACUAUUACCUAAUGCAAUUGCAUUACUUGCCCGAACAUAUCCGACUGGAAGAAGAAAAUCAUUCGUCUUUUCCAUGUUUGGAGCGACAGCACCAACUGGCUUUAUUCUAGGUGCUUUGUUUGGAAGUUUAUUUGCACAAUUUUCUUGGUGGCCCUGGGGACAAUGGAUAUUAGCUAUUUUUUGUGCAUUUCUUGCUAUUUUGGCUUAUUUUGUUGUUCCUCAGGAAGUAUCGUUAGCUGUUCACCCAACAGGUAAAAUUGAUAUACCGGGUUCAGCUGUUGGACUAUCCGGUCUUAUUAUGUUUAUAUACUGUUGGAAUGAAGGACCGGUUACUGGAUGGGAUAAACCCUAUGUAUAUGUUUUAUUAAUUGUCAGUAUUUUGUUAAUAGGUUUAUUUAUCUUUGUUGAAAUGAAAACAGAACAACCAAUUAUGCCAUUAUCCAUUUGGGCAGUGAAGGGUUUUCCAGGUGUUCUUAUAUGUAUGGCUUUGGGUUGGUCAAGCUUUGGGGUAUUUAUUUAUUAUAUUGUUCAAUUUCUACAAAGAAUUUGUGGUGCAUCAGCAUUGUUAACAACAGCUAUGAUGUCACCUGUCACCAUAUCUGGUCUUGUAGCGACACUUUCUGUAUCUCAAAUAUAUGGUCGUUUACCAGCUCAUUUUCUUCUCAUGGCAGCGAUGGUUUUCUUUUGUAUUAGUAAUACUCUAAUAGCAACAACACCAGUUGAUCAAACAUAUUGGGGUCAAGUAUUUGUAUCUACACUAGUAGCUCCCUUUGCAAUGGAUGUCAGUUUUCCUGCUGCAUCACUUAUUGUCAGUAACGCAAUGCCAAUAAAUCAACAAGGUGUAGCAGCCAGUAUGCUCAGUACAGUUAUUAAUUGGUCCAUUUCUCUCGGUUUGGGUAUAGCAGGAACAGUUGAAAGUGAAUUAUUAAAAAACGGCAAAACUGCACUAGAAGGUUACCGAGGUGGAUUAUAUGUUGGAAUAGGACUCAGUGGUGCAGGCAUUCUUGUAGCACUUUUAUUCUGUCGUGUAUCACCACCACAAACGCCAAUUGAAGAGAAAAAACAAUCAAGUUUAGCCGAAACAACAGUAGCAACAUCGGAUACAAUUAUAAAUACAAAUACGACUCAAGGUGAAGGAUUAGAAGGAGAAUUUUCGAUAAUAUAUCGUUUUUAA